CUGACUUCGUUAACACUGAGCUGAGACUUCUUCAGUCAGGAGUGUCUUCCACAGCUGAAAGUAAGUAAAGCCGGAGGGCAAAGAACUGCUUCCUUCCACAGAUCUGUCACCAUGAGAGUGACCUCCUCAGUUGCCAUCCUUGUUCUAGCCAGCUCAGUGUGGACUUCCUUUGCAGUUGAUUUCUUCCUUCCUAUGGGAUCUCACAUGACCGAGGAACUUCUACAAAAGACAAAGGCCUUGUGCAUCAAGAAUAUACAGAUGUGCUGGAUACUCCCCUACUUCAAGGUCAGUGAGCCUAUAUGUGGCAGCCACCAAGAAACCUACCAGGGUGAGUGCCAUCUCUGCUCCAGAAUUCUAUAUGAAGACAGAACUGUAAUUAAAGUGCAUGAUGGACCAUGUGAACACUCCUCAGAUGAGUUUGAACCCUAAUAAAAGUUACUGAGUUCUCAGAGAGCCGUGUGGAGUAUGACUGACUCUUCAAAGAUUCCCAAUUUGGGAGCCAGGGUCUGGAGUUCAGUGGUAGAGUACACUAUUGUGUACGAAGCCGUAGGGAGUGUUGAAAGAGAGCAGCUCCUUGAGAAGAACAACUUGGUACUAGAAGAUACUUGCUUCAAAUUCAUUCAUUCAUUUCUUCAAUAAAUGAUUCUCAGCAU